GCUUUUUAUGAUUCUUUAUCUUUCUUCUUCUUCCACGAGUUCUGUCCAGAAACAGAAAAAUUAAUUUAUUACAAACAAAAGUAUAUUUAUUUCCCUUUGCUCAGACGUUUCUUCAUUAUUCUUCUUCUUGAUCUUGUUCAGAAAUCAACUUCAUCUCAUCAUUUCUCUGUUUCUUUCUCUCUCUCUCUCUCUUAAUAAAAGAUGAUGAAAAUGAGAACUGGAACAACUUCCGGUGACGGUGAAUUGGAGCUCCGACCUGGAGGAAUGGUUGUACAGAAACGAACGGAUCAUAGCUCUAGCGUGCCACGUGUCAUUCGGGUUCGGGUCAAAUACGGGUCGGUUCAUCACGAGAUCAGUAUCAACUCUCAAUCGACUUUCGGGGAAUUAAAGAAGAUAUUGUCUGGUGCGACAGGAGUUCAUCAUCAAGACAUGAAGAUUAUAUACAAAGACAAAGAAAGAGAUUCUAAGAUGUUUCUUGAUCUUUCUGGUGUUAAAGAUCGUUCGAAACUUAUUCUUAAAGAAGAUCCGAUUUCUCAGGAGAAACGUCUCCUUGAGUUGAGGAAAAUCGCCGCCAAAGAGAAAUCCACUAAAGCAAUCUCUGAUAUUAGUUCCCAAGUCGAAAGACUCGCCGGACAACUGUCGGCGUUUGAUACAGUGAUUGGUAAAGGAGGGAAAGUUGAAGAGAAGAAUCUUGAGAAUUUGAUGGAGAUGUUGAUGAAUCAAUUGGUCAAGCUCGAUGCCAUCUCAGGUGAUGGAGACAUUAAAUUGAAGAAGAAGAUGCAGGAGGAAAGAUUACAGAAGUAUAUUGAGGCUCUUGAUUUGUUGAAUAUCAAGAACUCAACGCAACCGCAACCGCAACCUCAAUACAAGGAACGAGAUUCGCUGACUUUUGAUGAGGAAGCGUCAAGGAAACCGACGAUCUCCUCAUCAAGUCCUCCGGUGAUCAUAACAACGAGAUGGGAAACGUUUGAUUCUAAUUCCGGACAAACCGUUAAACCGGUUCACCCAAAAUUUAAAUGGGAAUUAUUCAACUAAGAUAUUUUGUGUGCACCCAAUUACACGAUAAUAUAUAACACUAUAAUAG